AUGAACAUCAAGGUUGGGAACGUUUCUUAUACGAGAGCCAUCAUCUCCUGGUCGUCCUCGGAGACCUGCCUGGAGGACUAUUACCAUGUUAUGUAUAGACCCAAUUGGAACAGCAUCUUCUCUGGCUAUCUUCGCUACAGCUUCCACCACGAGGAGAAGGUGCCUCGCACGAUCAGCACAGUAGCGCUCGAACAUCUGGCUCCUUCCACUCUCUACAUCCUGUGCAUCAGCUGCAAGAAGGCCGCCUUCCCCUACAGGCACGACUGCACCAUGUUCCACACCCUGGAUAAGAGACCACUGGCUUCUGGAAGCUCCCUGGUGGACCCCCAGAUCUCGCUUUGGGUGCUGAUGGCCAUUCUGCUGGCCUGUUUCACAGCUGUCUUGGCCUUCAUCUGUCUCCAGUUCUGGUGUAUUCGCUGCCACGAGCCUCGCUGGUCUUACAGAGCUGGCCUCAUGGAGGAAGCCAAUGGGCUGGUGAGAUGGCCGGAAGAAACAGCAGCCAUUGGCCAGAGGGAAGAAGACCUGCAGGGGCUCCCCCUCGUGGAACUGCCACGCAAGAACUCGGCAGCAGCCGCUGAGCCGGAAGCAGAAGCUGCACACGAUGCCGCAGAGGGCAUGGGUGCCUUCCCCAGGCAGGGCGCCCACCAGCCUGCCAGGCUGCCUCAGUUUGUGGAGUGA